CAGAGUGCUGCAAAAAAAAGGAAAAGGAAAGGCAGCGGUUUCCAUUCAUUUGGGCAUCAAGAGAGCGUGAAGGGAAAGAAAUAAAAUAAAAUAACACUAGCGCAUUUACUGCAAUAUAAAUGGAGGUACGACCUUAAGGAGCAAGAUCAUUUUAAACAUGGCGAAGGAUCAAGAAGUCGAGCGCAUCGCCAAAAAGCUGGACAAAAUGGUGCACAAAAACAACACGGAUGGUGCCAUGGACCUUUUAAGGGAACUAAAGAACAUGAAGAUGUCACUCGAGACCUUGCAGUCCACACGGAUCGGGAUGUCCGUGAAUGCUGUGAGGAAGCAGAGUUCAGACGAGGAGGUACAGACUCUGGCCAAGUCCCUCAUCAAGACCUGGAAGAAACUGCUUGAUGGAUCUGAGGGCAAGUCAGAGGAGAAGAAAAAGAUACCUCCCCCUCUUCAGUCAUCGUCAUCGAAAGACGGACCUGGAUCCAGUGAUUUCAGUAAGAAACCAGAGAUGCCAAAGACUCCCACCACCUCUACGACCCCUACGACCCCAACAACCCCUAAGAUGACCUCGUUCCCCCCUCCUCCAGUUACCACUGACAGCGUACGCAAUAAAUGCAGAGAGCUGCUCGUCGCAGCCCUGCAGACGGACGAUGAUUACAAAACAAUCGGAGCAGAUUGUGAAGCUUUGGCAGCAGAGAUCGAAGAUUGCAUCUAUAAAGAGUUUAAAUCCACUGACAUGAAGUAUAAGGCCCGGUUGAGGAGUCGCAUCUCCAACCUGAAAGACCAGAAGAACCCUGACCUGCGCCGAAACGUGCUGUGUGGCAACAUCAGCCCCGAACGCAUUGCCACCAUGACUGCAGAGGAGAUGGCAAGUGCUGAGCUGAAAGAAAUAAGGAAGGCGUUAACUAAAGAGUCCAUCCGGGAGCACCAGCUCUCUAAAGUAGGCGGCACCGAGACUGACAUGUUUGUCUGUGGAAAGUGCAAGAGCAAGAGCUGCACCUACACGCAGGUUCAGACUCGCAGUGCUGAUGAACCCAUGACCACAUUUGUGAUGUGCAACGAGUGUGGCAACCGGUGGAAGUUUUGUUAAGACAGCAUCAGGAUUCUUCAUGUAAACAGAUUGACAGAUAAACAUUGUGAGAAGGUACUUUUGUUACUUUUUUUUUUUCUCCCCAGAAGAAAUGCCAUUUUUAUACUCAUUUCAUAGCUUUGUAAUAUAUUCUGUAUGCAUAUUGCUGUAUAUGCAAGAAGAAAAAAAAGGCGUUUGAUGUAAAUUUUUAUUUUAUAGCAUUUUUUUUGUACUGAGAGUAUGUUCAUUACCUUUAAGCGCUUGAGUUAACUGGACUUUGUAAGUCAGCAUUAGCUCAUUUGAUACUGCUCCCCCCUCCCUUGAUGAAGCACUCUUUUUGUGCCUUUUUGUGCUUUCACGCUUAAAGAUUUGUACAAAAUUCUUUUGCACAUCAGUAAGAUUUGUAAAAGUGUGUUGUAGAUAGACAUAUGCAGAGUGUGCAUUCGGGAACGAUUUAUUAUUUCACACUUUAUUUGGAUAGUCGUUUGUAGAUGCUUAAUGAAUUUCCGGUGAUCAUUUAAAAAGGACGGACGGUCCUAAAGAUAUUCGGUCACAACCGAGGGGAAAAAAGAAAAACUGAUUAUUUGCAUCAGUGUCAUAAGAUCAUCUAUAGGAGACCUUCCAGAUAAAGUGGAACUUUUUUCUUCUGCAGCUGAAUAAUGUGUGAAAAGUGGAUCUGAUUGACAAGAUUUGUCAUGUAUGAUGAACUUGUAGACCUGUUGGUCGGAAUAAAUUUGGAGAAAGAUAUGCAGAGAUGUUGUGUGUCUGAGUAUCUGGUGAUUUAUGCAGAAUCGACUAAUAGUUAAGCAAUUUAAACAUUAACAUAUUCCAGCAGGAAGGCAAGAACUCGAUGAACCCGAUGUAACUGCAGUGUCCAGUAAGCAAAUAGUGCCAUGCAUGCAUCCGUAUCAGUUCCUUUAAGAUCUUGAAAUGAAAGGAAAAUCGACCACAAUAUUUAAAGGAGCAGAUUUUCUGCAGAUUUCCACAAAAUGCAUUCAGCAUGAGUAAUUACAUACAUUAUAUUGCCAAAGGUUUUGGGACACCACUCCAAAUCAUUAAAUUCAGGUGGUAUUUUUCAGGGGUUGGGCUUGCCCCCUUAGUUCCACUUUGGAUCCUGUUCCAACAUGACUGCACACCAGUGCACAAAGCAAGGUCCAUAAAGACAUGGAUGAGUGAGUCUGGUGUGGAGGAACUGGACUGACCUGCACAGAGUCCUGACCUCAACCCCAUAGAACACCUUUGGGAUGAAUUAGAGUGGAGACUGUGAGCCAGACCUUCUCGUCCAACAUCAGUGUCUGACCUCACAAAUAUGCUUCUAGAGGAAUGGUCAAACGUUCCCAUAAACACACUCCUAAACCUUGUGGAAAGCCUUCCCAGAAGAGUUGAAGCUGUUAUAGGUGCAAAGGGCGGGACAACUCCAUAUUACAUUCAUGUGCAUGUAAAGGGAGACGUUCCAAAAAUUUUUGGCAAAAUAGUGUACCUGUCUCCUCUGGA